UGCCGGGGUUUGGUGACGGGUGUGCGGGCGCGGCGUCGGGCACCAGCUGAAGAAGCGGCGUGUCUCGGUGCUUCUCUUCGGAUUGCAGUCCCGGGCGGGAAGCCGAGCGUUCGGGAAGGCGGGAGAAGGGUGUUUCCGAGCUGCAGGUGCUGGAGGACUGCAGUGAGCUGCAGUUUGGAGCGGAGAAAGAGGCGCAGGCUGACUGGCUGCUUCAUCGCUAGAGGACCAAGGACUAAGUACAUGGAGUGGAAGUUGGAAAGGAGUGCCCAGGAAACACAGCCAGCUGUUCUGCGGGAGCAGGAAGGCAUCCUGGAGGGCACAGAUGAAGAUGGGGUCUCUGAAAGCUUCCGGCUUCUGCAGAUUGACGUGGGAUGUGAGCGCCAGGGGGAAGAGACUCCACCCAUGGGCAGUGCGUCAUGGUGCUCGAAAAAUGUCCAGAGGAAACAGAGACAUUGGGAAAGAAUAGUUGCAGCCAAGAAGAGUAAAAGGAAACAAGAAAAAGAAAGAAGAAAAGCCAAUCGUGCAGAAAAUCCAGGCAUCUGCCCCCAGCACAGCAAACGUUUUCUGAGAGCCUUAACCAAAGAGAAGCUUUUGGAAGCCAAACGCUCAGGACCAAGACUGUGUAUUGAUUUGAGUAUGACCCACCACAUGUCAAAGAAGGAAUUGAGUAGGCUGGCUGGACAGAUCCGCAGGUUGUACGGGUCAAACAAGAAGACUGCCAGGCCGUUCUGGAUCUGCCUCACUGGCUUCGCAACAGACAGUCCCCUGUAUGAAGAGUGUUUGAGGAUGAAUGAUGGAUUUUCUGGUUACCUGCUAGACAUAACGGAAGAUGACUGCUUUAGCGUCUUUCCUCUGGAAACACUUGUCUACCUGACUCCAGACUCUGAACAUGCUCUUGAAGAUGUUGAUCUCAACAAAGUUUACGUCCUUGGGGGACUUGUGGAUGAAAGCGUGCAGAAGAAAGUGACACUUCAGAAGGCUCGGGAGCACUCUGUUAGGACGGCCCGUUUGCCAAUCCAGGAAUACAUGGUCCGAUGCCAGAAUGAGAAAAACUAUCAUUCAGAGGUCCUGGCCAUCAACCAAGUGUUUGAUGUCCUGGCCACUUACUUUGAGACUCACAGCUGGCCUGAAGCCCUGAAGAAAGGCGUGUCCUCAGGGAAAGGCUUCGUGGUGCGCAGUGCUUUGGAGUGAUGGGCGGCCCAGGCAGCUGCUGCUGGCGGCUUUACCAAAGAGCAGGGCGCAGGGUGGACUUGCACACACUUACCUUUCCACACUAUCUUGGAUCGUCUCAGUCAUGGGAUGGAAUCAACUAGUGACAAGAACCUCAUUUUUUGUGCUCUUUUUUAUCUUCUAUAGUGCCUCACCAAAAGUGCCCAGAUACAUGUUAAGUAAAAAGUUUACAGAACCAGUAAUUAACCCUAAAACUACAUAGCUCUGUGUUAGUCUGUUUGUCAAAGAUGUAAAGAUGUAAAUAUUGUUGCAUCAAGAAUUGGAUUUUUGGGGCCUGGCACAGAAGCCAAGUGGCUAAAGUCCUUGCCUUGCACACGCCAGGAU